AUGCCACCGAGAUUUAUUCGCGAGCUCAUCCCGCCUCGCGAGACUCGUACCCCUCUUGGCGCUGUAGUUGUUGCACUCAAAAGUCUCACCUGGGUGCAGUGGGCUCAGUUCUUGUCUGGCUGGUUUGCUUGGGUGUGCGACGCUACUGACUAUGUCGCAGUAACGCUUACGGUACCGCUCUUGUCUACACAAUUUGGAAAGUCGACGAGUGCGAUCACGACCGCCAUAACGUUGACGCUGUUAUUCCGAUCAGUCGGUGCCGUGAUAUUCGGCAUGAUAUCUGACCGGUUUGGGCGCAAAUGGCCUUUGGUUGUUAAUCUCAUUCUGUGCUGUCUGCUUGAACUAGGAACUGGCUUUGUCGAAACCUUUGCACAAUUCCUCGCCCUUCGUGCCCUAUUCGGCAUUACUAUGGGUGGAAUAUGGGGACUUUCGUCAUCCUCAGCUCUUGAGAACUUGCCUGUUGAGCUUCGUGGGCUUGCAAGUGGGAUUUUUCAGCAAGGCUAUAUGGUCGGAUACAUCUUUGCUGCUGUUAUCAACCUGACCUUGGUGGCCCAACAUGGAUGGCGGUUGCUUUUCUGGACUGCAGCAGGCCUCACUUGUCUCGCUGCAGUCAUCCGCGCUCUUGUUCCUGAGAGCCCGUUCUUCUUGCAAGGUAAGGAACAAGAGAAUGCGAAAGGGACCAAUACCUCGCAGAGUUUCCUCAAGAAAACAAAGGAGAUGCUUAGGCUUCACUGGCUCUUAUGCAUUUAUGGAGAUCUAUAUCCCACGUACCUCCAGGUCACCAAGGGCUUUACUGCUCACAAUGCCACUGUCGCAACCAUUAUUAGCAAUUGCGGAGCUAUCAUCGGUGGUGCUAUUGGUGGAUGGACGAGCCAGUACAUUGGACGUCGCCUGACAAUCGUAUUGUCUGUGCUUCUCGUCGGAGUGUUCAUUCCAUUAUGGGUUCUGCCCUCGACAUUCUCUGCCCUCUCUGCUGGAGCAUUCUGUGUUCAAGUUGGUGUUCAGGGUGCUUGGGGUGUCAUUCCAAUCCAACUGGCCGAGAUGUCACCACCAGCAUUCAGGGCGACCUUCCCUGGUGUCGUUUACCAGCUCGGCAAUAUGAUUUCGGCAGCAUCAGCACAGAUCGAAGCCACUGGUGGUGACAACUUGAAAACAACGAUAAUGAAAGAUGGAGUCCUUACAGUGGUACCAGACUAUGCAACGGUGCAAGCCAUCUUCAUUGGUUCCGUUGCUGUAUACGUGAUCUUCAUCACACUCAUUGGCCCCGAAAAACACGGUUCUCGUUUCGAGGACACUGCUGACGCUGGCGGGGACGAGGCUGCAGAUAACAAAUCACAGAUGUCAUGUCAUGAAGUAGACGAGAAGAGUAGCGCUUAG